UUGAAUUUUCUUCAAUAGUGCUCUGUAUUACAUUUAGAGCAUACACCAAGCUACAAAAUAUAUCCAAAGCGAGAAGGUUGAAACAAAUAAAAUACACCAUGCUGCGCAUUCCUGGUAUGCCCCUUCUUCCGGGGACUCUCUUCCGCGAUGUAUCCAAGGGACAUUACCCCAAGCCGCAAUCGCUGGCCAAUGUCCAAGGACUCAGCAUGCUGAGUGAUCGCCAGCAACCGCCUCCUGUGGAAUCGGGCGGCGUUACGGUGGACAUCAGCUGUCCCCCCGUUGGGGCCUCCUCCAUAUAUCCACCCCGUUCGGGUCCCCGGAUGCCCCCAUGGCUGGCAUACGACAAGAAGGUGCUGUGCUUCUAUGCCUACUUCAAGCAGACCCUUCAGGAGGUCUACCAUGCGCCGUACCUGGUGCGCAAGGUCAAGAUCUACUACUAUCUGGAGGAUGGCACUUUGGAGAUCUACGAACCACGGGUGGACAACUCUGGGAUUGUGCAGGGAUGCGUGGUUCAUCGGCAGCGGGUUCAGAAGGCGCCUCCCUGCGAUAACGAGUUCAUGUCCCUAAUCGAUCUGAACGUGGAUCAGACUGUUCAGAUAUUCGAUCGACAAUAUCACAUCACCGGUUGCGAUCCGUUUACAAGGCAUUUUUUGAAUACACGGGGCAUCACUGUUCCCGAUCCGGUCAAAUCACCAUGCGAUCCCACGGAGGAGCAGAGAAAGCGUCAGAACCAACCGCGAUCCGGUAACCUAAUCCCGAAGAACCAUCCGUUUGCCCAGUUCCUCAAGUACGACAGGCAAAUACUCAAGUUUCAGGCGUACUGGGAUGAUAGAACCGAGUUCGGAGAUGUGCGCAAGCUGGAGCUGUGCUACUACCUCUCCGAUGACACCAUCGAAAUCAAGGAGCAACACAUUCGCAACUCAGGACGCGACGGGCCCACCGUUUUCCUCAAACGUGGACGCUUGGCUCGGGAAUUCGAAGGACUCCAGCUGCCAGGUCAGAUGACUCCGACGACGCUGCUGAAUGUGCUGGGCACCAACAUGCGCAACGUACGCUACUGCGUGGAUCCGCUGAACACCGGAAACAAGGAGAUCCAUUACUAUAGGGAAAAGGAUCUGCAGAUAGGCAGUGUGAUAAACGCCUAUGGUCGUGCGGUGGUGAUAACCGAACUGGAUCCCUUCACCCAGAACUACUACCGCCAGCGCUAUGGCAUACAGGACUUUACCCCACUGCCAAUCCCCGCCAGAGCCGAUGAUUGUGCCGAACACAGAUCCGAACGACAACUGCCACCUUACAAUGGAUGGGGUAGCUACGAGGAUUCGGUGGGCAAUUGCAUAUCGGUGGAACCGAAGCCGCCAAAGUCUGACUUCAAGAAGUUCAUCAAAUACGAUCGUUAUGUGCUCCGUUUUGGCGCCAAGAUGCUCUCGACCAUCAAGGCGAACUGCGAGCGAAUCUUCGUGAUCAGCUACUAUCUAUGUGACGAUACGCUGCAAAUCCAGGAGAUCGCCGUGCGGAACUCCGGAUUCCUUGGUGGCGAAUUCAUGAAGCGCACGCGAUUGGAGUUGCCCGGACAGGAGAGGUUCUCCUGCAAGCAGCCGCAAUACUACAUGCCGUGGAACUUCUUCAUCGGAUCGACCAUGUCGCUGAAGGACUUCAUCUUUCACAUUGUCUCGGCGGAUGAGUACACCCUGAUGUACAUGGAGCACCAUCAGGAGAGCUUCACCCAUGCAAAUGUGGGCCUCAUCAUGGAGAAGGUGAAGAGUGCCCUGCAGAAUCGCAUGGCGGAGUUUGUGGGAUCGUGUGUACCGGAUUGUACGGAUCUCGAGAAGAAGAGGGAUGUCUUUGUAUCCUUCGAGAGCUUCAAGGGCGCCCUCAUCGGCAUUAUGGGUAACCAGGUCAGUGAUCACGAGAUCGUCAGCCUCUGCCGGCACUUUUCCGCGGAGAAGAGUCAACCAAAUGCCUGCGAUCGAUCCACCGUGCGGGCGGCGGCUCAUCUGGAGCUGAAGAGAGCCCUGUGGAAUGCUCGGGAUGAUCUGAUGGAGCACUUCCAUCACAUCAACCCGACCAACCAGCCAUUCCUGCCCGAGUCCAAGGUGAGAUCGGCACUGCGGGGUUGUCGUCUGCCAUUCUCGCUGGAGCUGAUCGACAAUAUACUCUCGAUUUUGAAUCGGAACGAGUGCGAUGACAUCGAGGUGUGCGACCUGAUGAACUUCAUCGACGUAUCCUGCGGCAAGGGUUGCAACAUGCUGCCCGUGAACCACGCCUUCGAGCUGUGCCCCAAGAUCCCCUUCCUGAACAAGGGUCGUGUGGUGAACUUCACCUGCUUCCUGAGGGAACUGAAUCUGCCCCUCAACCUGCCAGCCGGCGGUGAGAAGAACCACGAUGCCAUGGGAGAGGGCAGGAUAAUGCCACCCUCGGCCAUGUCCGAUGCCGAUCUCCAGAAGAUGCACGAAGACGACGCACACGCGGCUUGAUUGGGAUGAGAUAGGUCUUUUGAGGUGCACACACUUAUUCCGUUCCAAAUUUUUGGUUGUAAUUGCUUCUUUCAGAUUCAAAAUAUAUGUUGAAGAAUU